GUACUAUGGUAUCGUCCUGUCUCCAUCGCCUUCUUGGCGCGUUGUAUUAAAAUCGAAUUUAGUACAUAUUUUUUAGUGCAGUAGGUUUUGGGUAGCCGGUCGAGAACGUUCGCUUUUUUCAAGUUUUACCUUUGAGAACAAUACAACAGCACAACAAUGUCAUUUAAACACCGGUCAAGUCGAUACGAUGAUGGUGAUGAUGAUUAUAGGAGAAGACCCCCAGCAAGGUGGUCCCAGGGCCGGAAACGUGGAGCUGAUGGGAAGCUGAGGCAGCAAGACGACGCAGAUUCCACUUUGUUUGAUGACCAAGAGAAAGGGAGUUAUGAUAACCCCCAUUUGGACCAAAGACCACCAAGUUUUACAACUCCAGAAGCGGAAGGACCAUUCCCACGAUGUUCAGAUUGGGCCAAAUGUGUGGAGGAGGAAGAGCUGAGAACAGAUGUAAGGAAAGACAUGCAGAGGUACAGAAGACGAAUCUUGGUUAAUGAAAUACAUGACAGGGAAAGGAAGGCCUCCUCUGGAAGCUCGGAUUCCAGAGACUCUCCAGUGCCAGCUGAAUUGGAAACUGAUGAGAGAGUACUUAUGCGGAGACAAAAGCAGAUAAACUAUGGGAAAAAUACUAUUGCUUAUAACAGAUACAUUGAAGAGGUUCCUAGACACUUUCGACAACCAGGGAUUCAUCCAAGGACUCCCAAUAAGUUUAAGAAGUACAGUAGGAGAUCUUGGGACCAGCAGAUACGUAUCUGGAGGGUUGCCCUACAUGCUUGGGAUCCACCAGAGGAAGAAGGCAGUGAUUUACAAGCAAUUGAGCCGAUUGACUUGGAUGAUAUGGAGGUUGAAUCAGGGGCCAGUGGUUCAACAGAGUCUGAGACAAGUUCCCAUUAUAUGAAAGCCUGCAAGGCGCCAGCUUCAACACCAGAAAAUUCCUGUUCUGGCACUCCAAACAAGAUGAGACGCACAGAGAAUGAAAUGGAGAGUGCUUUCGACUUGGGAGCGUGCUUGGCAGAUACUGAAGAUGGCAGCCUUUGGAUAAGCUAGUAGUAAACUGGUCAUUUAAAAAAAAAAAAAAAAGUUUACUGGACUAAUCCUGCCACUUUUUCUGGUUCACAGAAAAAAUUUUUGGCAAAAGGGUUAUUUUGAAAUGCUCUUUCAGUUUUGUUUUCCUAUUUGUAUUUGGGCUUUCUGUGAAUUGCACAGAAUUGGAAGUUCCACAUUGACCAAGAUCUUGUUUUAACUUAAACCUUUGCCAAACAUUUGGUAAGUAUGAUAUCAUAUUUCAAAGAGUUCACAUUUAAACCUUUGGCAUUCCUUGAGUAAAGUUAAGCCUAUGUUUAAGAUUUACAUUUUUUUUUUUUAUUAUUAUUUUUUUUUUUUUUGUAACUUCUUGGCUCUUAAUGUUUUGUGUUUUCAUAUGCACAGCUUUCCAGGGUUUGUCAUAAGAUAUUCUUAUAAAAUGCUGUGCAGUUUAAUGUAUACCUUUAACUUUGGAUUUCAAAAAUUAUAGUUCUGCAUUACAUAUUAUGAUUCUGUAUUUGAAUAAUGGUUGUUAUAUUUAAUGCUAAAGUGUGUUCUUGGAUGCAGUUUUGGUGAAAUUUUGAGCAUAAAAGAUAUUUAAGAUUAAUACCAUUUUAUCCUCAUUGUUCAUAUUUAUUGCCAACACUGUUACAAAAAAAAAAAAUCAAGUCAGUUGGUUACAUGGUUUGUAUACAUGAGUGCUAAACAUUUAUUCAGUUUGGCGGAGUUUCUUUAUUUUCUUAUGGACUUAAUGGAGUGAAAAAAUAUAAAUUUUAAUUCGGGAGACCAUGGAUAAUAAACAGAUCAACAUCUGUUUACAUAAGUGUUCUUAAGUCCUUCUGUUUUUAAUUGAGAAUUGUGUAAGGAGGUGGUAAAUUUAUUUAACAUGAACAAGAUUAUAACACAUGCAAUAAAAAGUUGUUUUCCCAGUUAAUUCAAGAAUACAAGUACAUUCUCUGUAUGCAUUUAAAAUACUGUGCAGAUUGUGGAGCUAAUCAACCCCCCUUUUUUAAUUCUGGAGUAUAGUUUUGUUUUAUCGUUUUUUUAAUGUGGAUUUUUCUUGCUUAUGUAAAUAACAGCCUUGUAUAUAUGUACUUUAAUAUUUUGUUCCUACAGAACCAGAAUAAAUUGCUGGUAUUAUAUUUUCAAGAUAGAAUGCUUGACAGAUUGUUAGCAAUUCCCUCUGAUUUGCAGUUUCUUUUUUGCGAUGAAGGAAGACAUUUUGCCAGGGAGGAUAAACUGUAUAAUAAAAGGAUAAACUUC